AUGCAGAGCCUCACUGAAGAUUCCGGUGCGCCCCAGGCCAAGAGGAGGAAGCUGGACCACAAACAAACACCCAGUGAGAAACCAGAGAGCAGAACGGCAGAACCAGAAAGGAAUCAGGUCGAAGACGUCGACUUUGUCGAUGAAGCUGAGGAAGCUCCUGGCGAGACUGAUGCAGAAGCUGCUAUCGAUGAGGAGGAAGACGGCGAGGACGACGACGAGAUGCUCAGCACCUCGGAUCCUUUUGAGAGCCAUUUUGCUGCGAUUGAUGAGGCCAGCAUUACGAGAAGGCUCAGAGCGAUUGAAGAGGGCAAAUGGUCAUUGAAGAAGGCGUCCUUGGCAUCCUUGAAGGGGGCAAAAAUGGUCUUGAACUCUCCAGAUACGGGGGAUGAGAGCGACCAAAUCACCGUGCCGGGUCCCGUCCCCAGCGCUUCAGAACUAUCUCUCAAGCAACGCCUGCAAAUUUCUAUGGCUGGGAAAAAGGCAAAGUUUGAUGCUGUCGAACAGUCCCUUGCGCCAAUCAUGUUCGGCUACAAGGACCUGCUCUUCUGCAACCGGAACAUGGGUAAUGGGAAGAGUAUGCGGCGUCUAGCAUGUCUACAUGCUCUCAACCAUGUCUUCAAGACCCGAGACCGUGUUAUCAAGAAUAACGGCAAGCUUGCUCAACAGCCUGACGCGGAUCUGGAGCUGCGAGAUCAAGGCUUCACCAGACCGAAAGUCCUGAUGAUUCUCCCGACACGAGAGGCCUGCUACAAGAUGGUCGAGAUGAUGGCAUCAAUAUGCGAGCCUGAAACGCAGGAGAACCGCAAGAGAUUCGACGACUCGUACCACGACAAGGAAGACAGGAUACCUGGAGACAAACCCGCGGAUUUCAAGGACCUCUUUGCUGGCAACGACGACGACAUGUUCCGGAUCGGUGUUAAAUUUACCAGGAAAACCAUCAAGUUCUUUGCUCAAUUCUACAACUCUGACAUACUCAUAGCUAGCCCGCUGGGGUUGAGGAUGGCGAUUGGCUCAGAGGACGGCAAGAAGGUCGAGCAUGAUUUCCUCACCUCUAUCGAGAUCGUCCUUGUUGACCAGGUCGAUGCUCUUUUGAUGCAGAAUUGGGAGCAUAUGGAGUACAUCUUCGAACACCUGAACCUGCAGCCCAAGGACGACCAUGGCGCCGACUUUGCCCGGGUGCGGAACUGGUACUUGGAAGACCAGGCCAAGUACUUCCGGCAGACUAUCCUGUUGACCCAGUUCAACACACCUGAGAUCUCGAAGCUCUUCCGGCUACACUGCCAGAACUGGGCAGGCAAGGUGCGCAUAGAGCCAGACCAUACCGGCGUCAUCCAGGAGAUCGGAGUCAAGGCCAAGCAGACGUUUUCUCGCUUCGAGGCGUCCUCGCUCGAGGAUGAGCCGGAGGCCCGAUUUUCGUACUUUACCAAGGCCAUCCUACCGUCGCUGGCCAAGCGCUCCAAGGACAGCAUGGGCACACUGAUACUGAUCCCGUCCUACCUGGACUUUGUGCGCGUGCGCAACUAUUUCGCCACCAACGCGACGGCGGAGAGCCUCACAUUCGGCACCAUCUCAGAGUAUGCGUCGAUCCCCGAGGCCUCGAGAGCGCGGUCCCAUUUCUUUGCAGGACGGCACAAGGUCUUGUUAUACACCGAAAGAGCGCACCACUUCCGAAGAUAUGUGCUCAAGGGCGUACAGAGGAUCAUCAUGUACAGCCUGCCCGACAAUCCCUUCUUUUACAAGGAGAUUGUCGGUGCCACCCUGGCCAAAGCCGAGCAGGACCUGAGGAUAGAGCCGGGACAAGGGGCUGUCAGGGUCAUGUUUUCCAAGUACGAUGUGCUCAAGCUGGAGAGGAUUGUCGGCACCCAGAGGGUUGGAAAGAUGAUUCGGGAGAGGGGCGACACGUUUGACUUUGUGUAG